AGUAAAUCUGGACCCUGCAGUGCUCAUAGGAGGCUAUAGUAAACCCCCAGCUUUCAAUGACGACGAAAGGACUAAACUUCCAGCCGCUCGGGGUGGCCGGACAAGUGUGCGGGGGUCAUCUCGAGAGGUAGAUGGUGGGGAAAAUAUUUUUAAAAAUCCUGCUUUAGAAGCUGGUCCGAAGCGAGGAGGCAAGAAGACAAAAAGGUGCCGGAGAACAACAUCAACAAAAAUAAGGAGCAGAGAGAAGUGAUUGGAAUGAUAAAAUGAGAAGCAGGUAUGGGCUGCUGAAGCUUUUUCUAAAUGAGGCUCUACUGGAAUUUGUGCUUCUGUCUUGUCUGGUGUUUCGGGGCCUGGCUGUGUGCCCCUCCGACUGCUCCUGCAGCCGCAGCCACCGAGAGGUAGACUGCUCCUGGAAAGGUCUCCGACAGCUGCCCGAUGGCCUACAGUACAACAUUCGCUCCCUCGUCCUGUCCCACAACAGAUUUCACAGCCUGGACGGGAAGCUCCAGCAGUACACACAUCUCCGCUUACUCGAUUUGUCUCACAACAGGCUGAGCCGCCUGCCAAAGAACUUACCUCGCUCCCUCUGGCAGCUCUCAGCCUCGUUCAACCAUAUCAAGUUGCUGGACAAGAAUGAUACCGUGUACCAGUGGAAUCUGCAAACGCUCGACCUCUCCAACAACAAGCUGGAGAGGGCCAUCUUCAUCAACAACACACUGAUCAAUCUGCUCACACUAAACCUCAGCCACAAUCACUUUUGGACGCUGCCAACAAACUUACCACACCACCUUGAGACCAUUGACCUGUCCCACAAUCUGCUGGUGAAUGUUCUGCCGGGUUCUCUGGACCGGCUCCCGAGGCUGACUCACUUCUACUUGCACGCUAACCGCUUUUCCUCGCUGCCCUCUGGAGUUUUGGACAACAUGGUGUCGCUGAGGAUCAUCACUCUGAGCAGCAACCCCUGGGCCUGCCACCUGUAUGAGGACAUGGCCUAUCUGCUGUCCUGGGCUCAGCAGACCUCUGUGCUGGUACUCGGCUGCCCCUGCCACACCCAGCCGGUCUGUGGAGGACUUCGGCCCAGCAGGUCUGGAGGAUGGCAGUUCGCCUCCUACACCUCUCCUCCUCUGGCUGCCAAAACCCCAGAUCUAAGCUCUGUGCCCCCUGAAGCGAGAGUGACCUGGUGGUGGCAGUUGUUGGCUCAGCUAAGCACGCCUCACACCCCUAAAGACGCCUCCAAUUUUCCUCCAAGCUCUACUUUCACCGCAGACACCCAUCCGGCGAUUAAUCACUUUCCUGCCUCUGCCAGCCCAGUGAACAUAGAUCACCUCCUCUCUGGCAAAAAGGAAACUUCUCCAUCUUACUCCCUUCACACAACAGACUCGCUCUAUUUCUCUGACAAAAGUCUCAUUACUGAAAUAUCAAAGGAGAAUGAGAUGGCCACGGAUCGAUUCUUUACAACAGAGAUCCCCUCCAUCCAGACCAAGAAAACAACCACUCUUCGCACCAGGAGUGUGAGAAGGCAGAAUCAGUCGCCUCCCGGAGGCAGCAGCAGCGGCUGUGCUGCGCCCGCUUCCUGCACCAUGCUGCUGUUCCUUCACAACAUGGGGCUUCUGUCUGUCAUCGCCCCCCGAGUCCUUUGAAAGCCAAACGAAAAACGCCCGAGAACUGAAAGCACAAAAAAGUAAAACACACUAAAGAGCACGGACAGUAGAACAGCUGUUUUUCCUAAAAAAGCUUGGAUAGGAGGGUCAACCAAGAGUUUAUAAAUUGUUUGAUAUUUUCAAUGAUGUUGAUUCUGGCACCUUUUUUGAUAAAAUUCUGUAAAUCAUGUACAAUUCCUUAAACAUGAAUGCACUUUUUUGUGCAAAAUAUGACAUAAUGUUUAAAAAAAAAGUUGUUUGAAUGCAUGUUGAUCGAAACAUAUUUUGUUUUAACUUACUGGAUUUUCCACACCGGAUUGUUUCCAUCAAUGAAUCGUCUAUUUUAAAACUUAUGUCAUAUAAAAGGCACUCCAAACUAUAAUGUGCAUUAAGCAAGAUAAAGAAGACAGAGAUAAGUAUGUCAGUCAAACUUUAGUAACUGUGUUUAAAGUAAUUCUAGAACUUCUUGUUACGCGUUAGCUGCAUUAGCAUAUUAAUACCUAAUUCCACACUUUGUUGGACAUUAUUGGACAAAAAUCAUUGAUACAGCUAAAACAAACAUUACUGUGACCACUCUAAUUUCCAACUUUCUUAGUAACACGAAGAAAAACAGAGUCUGAUACUGCUACACGUCAGCUCUGUUAAUAUAUAACUCCAAAACUGUUUGAAAAACAUAAAAAACACAAACUGAUACAGCUAAAACAAACAGCGUUUGAGUAUUCACAAUACCUGUAAAUUCCAACCUUGCUUGAAACACUUAAAAACAGACUGAU